CUCCCCUGUCUGUGGCGAGUGUAGCGAGCAACGGGCGGAGAGGCUGAGGCUGAGGAUGGCGACCGUGGACGCGGACCCCGAGGCUUCGUGCAGCAAACUCAGCCCCUCGCCAUCACACGCCACCCACCGCUUCCUCGACAACAAGUUCUAUCUGCUCGUGGUGAUCGGGGAAAUUGUUACGGACGAUCAUCUGAGAUGUGCCAUUUCAGAUAUAGAGCGAGGUAUCCGCUCCUGGGACACAGACUUGAUAGCCUGCAACCUGGACCAAGAACUCAAGCUCUUUGUAUCACGUCAUUCAGCUAGAUUUUCAGCAGACGUUAGAGGUCAGAAAAUCCUUCACCACAGAAGUGAUGUUUUGGAAACAGUUGUCCUCAUUAACCCUUCUGAUGAGGCAGUGAGCACUGAGGUCCGCUUGAUGAUCACUGAUGCUGCUCGCCACAAGCUGCUGGUGCUGACCGGACAGUGCUUUGAAAACACAGGAGAACUGAUCCUUCAAUCUGGCUCAUUCUCAUUUCAGAAUUUCAUUGAAAUUUUCACUGAUCAGGAGAUUGGAGAAUUGCUGAGCAAUAUACAUCCUGCUAGCAAAGCCAGCCUUACAUUGUUCUGCCCUGAAGAAGGCGAUUGGAAAAACACAAACCUGGAAAAGCAUAACCUUCAGGAUUUCAUCAAUAUAAAACUGAACUCGGUCUCUAUUUUACCAGAAAUGGAAGGACUUUCAGAAUUCACUGAAUAUCUUUCAGAAUCAGUAGAGGUACCAUCAUCCUUUGAUGUAUUGGAACCACCGACUUCUGGGGGCUUCCUCAAACUGUCCAAGCCUUGCUGCUAUAUUUUUCCUGGCGGGAGAGGUGACUCUGCUUUGUUUGCUGUGAACGGAUUUAACAUGCUUAUAAAUGGUGGCUCAGAUCGCAAGUCAUGCUUCUGGAAACUGGUCCGCCAUUUGGACAGAGUAGACUCCAUUCUACUCACCCACAAUGGAGCUGAUAAUCUCCCUGGGGUCAAUAGUCUGUUGCAACGUAAAAUAGCAGAACUAGAAGAAGAGCAGUCACAGGGCUCCACCGCUAACAGUGACUGGAUGAAAAACCUCAUCUCACCAGAGCUAGGAGUUGUAUUUCUAAAUGUGCCAGAAAACCUAACAAACCUGGAGCCUAAUUUCAGAGUCAGGAGAAGUACCGAGGAGACCUGCCUUACCCUCCAAUACUUAAACAAAUUGUCUAUAAAACCAGAGCCCUUAUAUAGGACUGUGGGAAACGCCAUUGAUCCAGUCAUAUUGUUUCAGAAAAUGGGUGUCGGCAGACUGGAAAUGUACAUUCUCAAUCCAGUCAAAGGGAGCAAAGAACUCCAAUUUUUCAUGCAACAUUGGUCCAGCAAUAACAAAGCUAAGACUGGAAUAGUGCUGCCAAAUGGCAAAGAUGCGGAAAUUUCAUUUCCAUAUUUAACUUCAAUAUCGUCUCUGAUAGUAUGGCAUCCAGCUAAUCCUGGUGAAAAAAUAGUCCGGGCCCUGUUCCCAGGAAAUGCCUCACAAUACAACGUGCUGGAAGGUCUAGAAAAACUCAAACAUUUGGAUUUUUUGAAACACCCAGUUGUAACUCAAAAGGAGCUAACAGCUAGUCUGGCUGCUUCAACCGUGAAACAGACCAAGAUGAAGCAAAGGACUGACAGCAAAGAGAGUCUCAAAUCCACUCCCAGGCCACUCAGCAGUAAAGGAAUUAAGAAGGAUGUCAACGAAGUGAAAUCCGAGGUAGCAAAACUUGCUCAGCAAGAGGAGGACAAGGAAAAAUCUCCAAAGGUUGAGAAGAAAGAAAAACCUUUAGUUAAAAAGGAAAAGGCCAAACCGGAAUCACAGACAAAGCCGGAGGAGAAGGAAACAAAAUCAAAAGAUAUAACAGCUAAGCAGGAGCUCAAUGAAAAAAUGCAGGCUGAUGAGAAACAGAAGUCUGAGAGCAAACCCAAACUUGUGAAAGAAAAGGUUGUGAAGAAAGAGGUUAAAGCAAGAAAACCCGAGGAGAAGAAAAAAGAGGAAAAAGAAGUAAAGAAAGAGACUGGGAAAACGGAAUCGGUUAAAGAAGACAAGGUGGCUGUUAAAAAAGAGAAAGUUAAAAAGGAGGAGAAACCUAAAAGAGAAGAAAUCAAGAAGGACGUGAAGAAAGAAAUUAAAAAGGAAGUGAAGAAGGACAGUAAAACAGAAAUAAAAAAGGAAGGAAAAGAAGAAAAGAAAGAUAGCAAAAAAGAUGAAAAAGAUGUGAAGAAGGAUGUAAAGAAACCUGUUAAGGAGGUGAAAAAAGCUCCAGUUGCUCCAGCUGAGGUCAAGAAAUUACCAGCAAAACCCAAAGUGCAAAAGAAAAAUGUGUCUGAACCAAUAAAGAAAGAAGAUAGUGCUGCAGGUAAAGCAAAGGACAAAGGCAAACCAAAGCCAGCCAAGAAAGACAGCAAAAUGGCAGAGGGCAAAGGUGCUCGGCCAGGAGCAGCAGGUAAAGUGGCAGCAAUAGCAGCAGCUGCUGGAGUGGCAACAGCAACGGCUGCAUUGACCUCAGUUGAACUUGACAUUGAACGAUCACUGAUGUCUUCACCUGAAGAUCUAACAAAGGACUUUGAAGAACUUAAGGAUGAAGAAAUAAGGGACAUCGAAGAACAUGUACCAGAAAAAGAGCCCAUAAGCAAUCAAGUGCAAGAAGCUAUACUAGAUGAAAAGGAAGCACUGAGAAAUGCUUUGGAGACUGCUGAAUCUCCUGAUGAAGGAAUAACUACCACAGAAGCCGAAGGCGAAUCACCUCAGGAUGAUAUUGAAGCUGGAGAUAAGGUGACAGUAGAACCAUGUGAGAGAUUUGAGGAUGAAGGGACUGGCUUUGAGGAAUCGUCUGAACCUGGAGACUAUGAAGAAAAGGCUGAAACUGAAGAUGUUGAGGAGGUGCCUGACUAUUUAGCAGAAAGGAAGCCAUUGAGCACCAAUGAACAAAUUGAGCGUAAAGUUACUGAGGAAAAAGUUGAAGAUGAAGAUAUUGAAGGAGAAGAAUUAAUCGAAACUGAAGAACUAGAAGUUGAAGAUAUACUAGAAAAAGGAGAGAUAGAAGAAUCUGAGGGAAGAGUGGAUCAUAAAGAACAUGGGAAAUUUCAUCUUAAAGCAGUGGAAACUGAACAAGAGUCUGAAGAUGAAGAACAUAGACUAGGUGAUAGCAAAGAAGCUGAAAUUUAUGGAGAGGAAAAACUCCAUGAUACUAAGUACAUUGAGACAAAUAAAGAAAAGGUCCCAUCUCCUUGCGAAACUUUGACUAAACUCUCUGCACUUCAGUCUUUUGUUGAACAAGCAUCUCCGAUCCUCGAUGAGACUAUACCCGUGGAUUUUGAAAGUGAAACAACAGGUUCUGAUGAAGAAACCCACGAAGAGCCUCCAGAAGAAUUUACAGCUACCUCAGGCUUCACUCACUCUACAAUUGAAAUCUCUAGUGAGCCUACUCCAAUGGAUGAGAUGUCUACACCUAGAGACAUUAUGAGUGAUGAAACCACUAAUGAAGAAACUGAGUUCCCUACUCAGGAGUUUGUGAGCAUGACAAAGUUUGAUGCUCUUUCCCUUCCACAGAGUCACGAAGGAGCCAAGCUUUCUCCUCCUACCGACACUUACAAUGGUCGCUCAUUAGAAAAUUCAAAAACUGAUGUAACGCAAGGAGAUGAUUAUCAGGCUUCAGCCUCAACUAUAUCUCCUUCAUCUUCUCUGGAGGAAGACAGAUCCUUUAGGCCUCCAUCAAUUGCUGCCCAAUUUCCCAAACAUGAUGCAUUUGAAAAACAGGAGGAAAAAGAAGUUGAAGAUCAAAGGAAAGAUCUUGAAACUAAACUGAGUCCAGCAAGGAGUCCAGAUGCAACUUCGCCACAGGCUAAAACACCUUUAAGUGACCGUAAUGUCAACUUUGAUUUGACUCCAUCAGAAAUCAAGGCAUCUGCAGGGUUUACAGCACCUAUUCCUGAUAGUUCUCAUGAUGUUCCUGAUGAGCAUUGCCCAAGUCCUGAGGAAAAGACCCUGGAAAUGGCAUCUCCCACACAGUCUGGCCCUCCCAGUGCAGGCCACACCCCUUUCUAUCAGUCGCCAGUGGAUGAGAAAUCUAGUCAUGUUCCUGAAAUACCUGAAAAGCUCCCAACUCCAAUUAUUAUUGAGACUGAUGAUAUGAGAGAUGAUGAGACAAGUCCAAGGUAUAGCCCCAUGGAUGAACCUGUCCCUGAUUCAGACUCGCCUGUAGAAAAAGUUUUGUCUCCUCUCCGUAGUCCUCCAUUGUUUGGUUCCAGUUCGCCUCUUGAAAGUUCUUCAAACGAAGAUGUAGAGUGCCCAGUGCAGUUUCUCGAAGGUGCACUGGAACUGAAGAACAAUAAGGCUAAGCUCCAUUCUUUGAUCCGUCCUUAUCCAUUUGAUGGUUUUUCAUCCAGUAUUCCCAAACCUGAAAAAGAACAGGUAGGGGACUUUGCGUUUUUGCCUCCUAAAGAUAGUGUUUGUCAGGAAACCACAGUAGAGAAAACUGCUGCAAUUAGCCUCCCAUCCCUUGGACCCUUUGCGCCACAUAGAAUGGCAGGAGAAUUGUCCCCAACAUUGGUAGAUUUCAGCCAAAUUGGAUCUGUUAAGGAAGACAGCAAAAUGUCUAUUUCUGAAGGAACCACAUCGGACAAAUCAGCCACUCCUGUUGAUGAGGUUGUAGCAGAAGAUACUUACUCCCACAUAGAAGGUGUGGCUUCAGCUUCAACAGCAUCACUUGCCACAAGCUCCUUUCCUGAACCAACAGCGGAUGAUGUGUCUCCUUCAUUACAUGCUGAAGUGGGGUCCCCUCAUUCAACUGAAGUGGAUGAAUCCCUUUCAGUGUCUGUUGUGCAAACACCAACAGCUUUCCAUGAAACCGAAAUAUCGCCUUCCAGAGAAGACUGCCCAAGGCCAAUGUCAAUCUCUCCUCCUGACGCCUCUCCAAAAACUGCAAAGUUCAGAACUCCAGUACAGGAAGCUCGAUCACCUGAGCAGUCAACAAUGUCUGUGGAGUUUAGCCAAGAAUCACCUGAACAGUCUUUGGCAUUGGACUUUAGCAGGCAGUCUCCUGAACAGCCUCCAGUUAACACUGACUUUCAGCAUAUAUCUGAAAAUGGACCAACUGAAGUAGACUACAGUCCAUCUGAUUUGCAAGAGCCUGACUUUGUCCAACGUGUUUUGCCUGCGUUUGACAGACCAUUCUGUGGUCAGGAGAGAGAGCAUUUGCAAUUUGGUUCAACUCCUCCAACGGAGGCUUCCCCAUCAACUUCAUCUGCUCGUACACCACAGACAACAUCUCCAUUGCAGGAAGAGUAUGGCAUUUAUACUUCAAUGCCACCUGCCUAUCCAUCGAUUAGACCAGCUGUUUCUGGAGAGCCGCUCCUAUCAGAGAGGGUAGCGGCUGAAGGACAGGAGGAUCUACAAAUGUUUCCUCUAUCGCAGUCUCCUUCAUUUGCAAAAGAAGUGUCUCAUUUACACACAUCUGAUUCAUUCAGCGCUACUGUGCUACAAGGGCCGACUUCACCUCAUGCGCCAGUGGUAUCGUCAAUGUUCUCUUCUUCAAAUGAAACCUCUGCUCUUUACGCACCACCUUCAAUACCAGAGCCUGUCUCCCCACGCGGCAAAGUUCCAGCCAUCAAGUCGGACAUUGAAGAAAUGGAAAUAUUUAGCAGAGUGCAAGAUAAGGCUAAACAUCUAAGUGAGCCUGAAGAUGGAUAUUUUGUAUCUAGAACAUCACAUUCAACAGAGGCUCAACGCAGUGUUGACACAUGCUUUAAGACUCCUACUUCUUUCAAGCACCAUUACACUGAUCUCUCCCCUUCUUUCAUCAAUCCAAGCCCCCUUGAAUUUUUUGGCCAAGAAGAUGAGCCUGAGGAGAUUGAGAGACCAUUGACCCAGGGUGGAGGAGCCCAGCCACCAUCCGGUGGAAAGAUUCCACAACGUCAGUGUGAUGAGACCUCAACAACUUCACUUAGUGAAUCAUUCCCAUCUCACAGUGAUUCAGAUGUUCCUCCUGAGACAGAGGAAUGUCCUUCCAUAACAGCAGAUGCCGCCUUAGAUUCAGAAGAUGAAUCAGAAACUCUUCCUACAGACAGAACGCUUGUGCAUAGACAAAUAGAUCCCCCGCCUGCUCCAUUAAUGGACCCUAGCCCACCACCACCAAAUCCUGAUGUUUGUAUGAUGGAUCCUGAAGCAAUGCCAACUGACCCGAUCAUGGCAAAGGCGGAUAAACCUUUGAAAAAAGAAGUGAAGGAGAGGGCAAAGACCAAAAAACAAACCGUCAAGACCAAGUCUUCCUCCCCUUCGAGAAAAACGGAUAGCAAGCCAAAGCAUUCCAGUGCUCCUUCCCGAACAGUGUCCGUCCGGGAAUCACCUGCAAAAACAGCUUCUCCUAAGAAGAAAGAUUCUGUAGAGAAGCCAGCAAAGGCCAGUGCCAAUCCAGAUGUGAAGUCUGCUCGAAGUGAAGACAAAGAUAAGGAGGCUAAGAAUACUACCAACACCUCACAUUCUAAAUCCACACAUGCUACAAAAAAUAUGAGUACAGGUUCCAGCAGCAGUAAGGCAGCACUUGUACCCUCAGUGCCCCCUGGACCCCCUGUGUACCUGGAUCUGGUGUACAUUCCCAACCACUGCAGUGCCAAGAACGUGGAUGCAGAGUUCUUCAAACGAGUGAGAUCUUCCUACUAUGUUGUGAGUGGAAACGACCAGGCAGCUGAGGAACCCAGCAAGGCUGUUCUGGAUGCUCUUCUGGAGGGGAAGGCUCAGUGGGGAAAUAACCUGCAGGUUACUCUAAUCCCGACCCAUGACUCCGAAGUCAUGCGGGAAUGGUACCAACAGACGCACGAGAAGCAACAGGACCUCAACAUCAUGGUGCUGGCCAGCAGCAGCACAGUGGUCAUGCAAGACGAGUCCUUCCCUGCGUGCAAGAUCGAACUGUAACUGGGAGUCCCGUCAAACCAAAACAUUCAACCAGUUGUCUAAGGGGAAGCACUCAAAUGGAAAAUAAAACACAAAAAAAAAAGAAAGAGCGAUAGCAGAUACCAAUCCAUAUCUGCUGAAUAAUGUACAAUAGAUUUGUUAUACAGGUCACUAGCGUGUAACACUUUCCAGACUGUUUAGUUCAGAUGCUAAGGCAAGGCUUUUGAUUUCUUAAUCCAAGGGUUUAAAAUACUUGGAGCUGCAUGAACAAUCAUUCUUAGUUCAGAUCGAUUGUAUUUUGUGGUGUGGUUGAUUCCAGAUCAGGGUCAUUGGGUUUAGAAGAAUAUUUGGCGAUCAGAAAGUUACAAGAUUCUUGCCUGUGGGAACAGAAGUUUUAAACAGAGACAAAUUGUCACAAAGUGACAGCAGUAGUUUAACAAUGUGUGGAAUGAGUGAAAUUUAGUUCCUUUUUAAUGAUUCUAAUUCUAUGAGACAUCGCUGCAUCACAACUUUGAACACCCGCAUAGUGACACAAUAUCAUCAACAUGUAGCGAACUUGCAAGUAUUUUGAACCCUAUUCAUGUAACCAGGCUAUUUUUUUCCCGUAGAUAUGCAGAGAUAUUUAACUAAGGCAUGCUCCCUGUGUACCAGCUUCCUGACAGAUUUAAUUCUGCAUUGAACCUGGCAUAUUGCCAUUAAGCCUUGAUAAAACUGCAUGCUUAAAAAAUCGACAGCUAGUAUAUUUAAGCAGAGACCAAAGGAGUUGGGAGUACACAUACUAGUCAAUUUGCCUUAGACAGUGACUUGAAUGUAUUGUGAUCUAGGUUGCACUUUUUUUUAAAAUGUGAAAUGGCAAGUGUAUGAAGCAGACAAGGGAUCAGUAGUGAAGAUCAGUGUAGGACUGUCGUCUGAAUAGUGCAGUGAUGUAUGUGGGUGUGGAUGUGUAUAUAUGUGUGUGUGAGACACCAUGAUUUCCUUGAGACGAGUCAUAACCAAUAUGGCACCUGUUCUUUAUUUUGAUUGAUGUACGGUAAUUAUUUUGACCAAGCACAGGUCAGAUGGAAUUGGAAAAAGGAAAAAAAAUCACUCUAGGUUAUUCAGAAGGUUUAUUUCUUGUGACGAUUGUGUUGAAGUACAUUCUAAAUAGGAAUCAGCCUCGAGGCACCUCCAAUUUCUUUCAAAUUAAUUGAUUUCUUUUCCAGCCAAAAUAAUGCCAAGCAAAGGUUCACAAGCUGGGUGUUUUCGGCUAAUUAUGACAAUAAGUAAGAAUUCUGGGGGGACAAAAUUUAUGUAGUUUUAAACUUUGGAAGUGUAUGUGAAUACUUAUGUCAAAACAUGUGGAGUUGUGUUUACAGUGUAUGAUUCGAUGUUAAAUGUACAGAGAGAUGCCAAACAUGCAUGAAUCAUCCAAUUGAGAUCCCCCCACCACCCCGCCACUCCUGACUUCACCAAUGCCUGAUGACUUUUUUACACAUGCUAACAGCAGCUUAUAUCAAGAGUAACAACAGGAAGUCUUACUACACAAAAAGUCAAUGUGCUCCAGUAACACCCCCUUUCUGGAUAUUUUCCGCAUACACAAAAGAAAAUCCCAAAACACCCCAUCGUGCCUCCUUGUUACCAGUGAUCUCAUGAGCAUGCAUCAAUGGCAUUACGCUUCGUUUAAUGCAGUGUUCAUUAGGUUUAAAUAACAAAGAGUAAGAGGGAGAAAUAUGUGAAACAUCACAGAUAGGUGUGGUAGGUCAGAGGACCACUGGAUGUCGCUUUGGAGGAAGAAGCAAGCCUAGUUAAAGAGCAAUGUUGCCUUGUUUUUACCAA